AUGGACGGAAUUCGAAGGCUAAGAUACAUCGACAAAGCCCUGGAAAUCGAAGAUUUUCUCCAAUACAAACUGAAAGGAACGUGGGGAAACCAAAGCUAUGCCUAUUCUGACUUCUGUGGAACUCAAUGUGAGACAUCAGACGCUGUCAACAUCUUCUUGACAAUGUUCCGUGAUCAACAGAAGAAGAAGACAGCUCACGUGAAACUGACCUACCCGAGUAUGGACGUCUUUGGACACAGAAUCUAUUUGGCCAACAAUAUCUUUCAAGUUCAGAUUAAUAAUAGAUCAAGCAUCAUAGAAGAGUCAAAACUCGUUGCCAUUAACUUCCACGCAAUUUAUAAUAAUGAGACGAUGUAUGAGAUUAUGAAACAAUGGGAGAAGAAACUUUUCGACUACACUCUCUCUACUGAAAAUGACCCAUUAAUCCGUGUCUAUGUGACCAGCGAAGGUCUUGUUUCUGAAGAAGUUCGUCGUACUGGAAUCCUCGCAAUGCCAUUGAUGGGAAUCACUUUCUUCAUUAUUUUGGCAUUCACAAUGCUUACAACUCUAAAAAAAGAUCCCGUCAGAUCGAAACCAUUCGAGUCAUUCCUUGGAGUCAUUUGUCCGCUUCUCUCGUUAUGCGCAUCAUUUGGACACUUGUUCUGGAUGGGUUUCGAAUAUCUUCCAAUUGUUACUGUCGUUCCUUUCUUGAUUCUCUCGAUUGGAGUUGAUGAUGUCUUCAUUUUCAUUCAUGCUUGGCAUCGUACCCCACAUAAACACUCUGUCCGGGACCGUAUGGCUGAAACUCUUGCCGAUGCAGGACCAUCCAUCUCCAUCACUUCCCUCACAAAUCUUCUCUCUUUCGGAAUCGGAAUCUUCACUCCAACCCCAGCCAUCUACACGUUCUGUGUCUUCAUCUCAACUGCUGUUAUCUAUGAUUACAUCUAUCAAAUCUUCUUCUUCUCAGCAGUUCUCGUACUCGGAGGAGAUCGUGAAGAGCGUCGAAUGAAUGCCUAUUUCUGGUGGAAAUACGAGCCACUGAAAGAGGAAACAAAGAACAAAAAGAAUAAAGGAAUUGGAGAAGCAGUCAAUCGAAUUCUUGGAAAGAUUUUAGAUGUUUGGGUUGAUUUCAUUAUGGCUACAUGGAGCAAAUUCCUCAUCGGAGCUCUCAUGUUGACGUACUGGUUCUUUAUGGCACGUGGUGUUAUGCAAAUUGCAGUUGGAUUGAGUUCUGAGAAACUAUUUUUGGAUGAUUCACCACUUCUUCCACUCGUACGUCUUCAAACUAAUGUCAUUUUCAAGGAAGGUGGCCAAGUGGCAGUAUUUGUGAAUAAUCCAGGAAACAUGAGUGAACCAGAUGCCGUACCAGAGAUUAUGAGAAUUCUGAGAAGAUUUGAAACAGCGAAUAACAGUGUUGGAGCAGCGAGUACUCAUAUGUGGUUGCUACCGUAUCUUCCAUAUGUUGGAGAACAGGAACAUGGAUCGAUUGAGUUCAAAUACAGAUACUUGCCAGAAUUCUUUAAAUUAAUGGAGUACAGAAGAUGGUCUCAUUUCGUAAACCUUGGAAAUCAUCAAGAUUGUCUCUCUGAAAAACCAUCUUGCCUCCAAAAAUUCGUCUUCUCCACCGGAUUCCACGACGCUGUGUCUUGGUCUGAUCGUCUUGCUCUUCUUGAGAAUUGGCGUGAAAUGGCAUCAGAAUACCAGCAUCUCAAUCUGACAAUCUAUGAAGACUUCAGCAUGUACUCUGAUCAACUUCUCACCAUUGUACCUGUCACUGAAUCCACCGUAAUCUGCGCCCUCGUCUGUAUGAUCAUGAUUCUAACCCUCUUCACCCCAUCACCAGUCACGAUUGUCACCUCGACAGCUGCAGUUUUGUCUAUCAAUUUGGGAGUUUUCGGAUGCCUAGUCUACAUGAAUAUCGAUUUGGAUCCUAUUUCAAUGACCACUCUUCUCAUGGCUAUUGGAUUCUCUGUUGACUUCGUUGCCCAUAUUACUUGGCAUUACUAUAAAGGAGAAUUCCAAUCGAAGAGAGCAAGAAUUCGUCACGCUCUUGCUGGAAUCGCUUGGCCAAUGUUCCAAGCUGGAACUUCUACUAUGUUGGCUAUUUCUGUGUUGGCUCUCGUUCAUGCUUACAUGGUUCAGGUCUUCGUGAAAGUAGUCGUUCUUGUCAUCUUCCUCGGAAUGUUCCACGGGCUUGUCGUACUUCCAGUCGUCUUCGCAGCUCUUCCAUUCACCAAAACAGCUGGACCACAAAAGAAAAAGAUCGCCCCACUUCAGAUGCAUGAAGCUGGACCGAUUCCAAAGAAGGAAGAGCCAGAAUCUAUUUUAGAAAUGACAGAAGAAAAGAAGAAAACGAAAGAAGAACCUGUUGAAAAGACGGUUCGAAGUGCUGAGAGAGCUUAA